CUAAUAUAGUUAAAUACAAUUCUAGUUGCAUCUUAUCCUCCUUGGAAGAUCUGAAACAAAGCAAAAGUAAAUGGCUGCAAUCACCAAGUUAUACACCUUGUGCUCUCUUCUAAUGGCAUCACUAUUUGCUUAUUCUGCAUCUGUGCAGCUAAAUGACCCUGAUUGGUACUUUUGGUUUCCCCUCUACUUUGGUGCUUGUUUUGUUAAUCUGGUGAUUUGGGCUGUCUCAUCCAAAGCAAUCAAACAAGUUGCUGAGGCUGCACUAUGGCUUGGAAUAUUUUUGUUCAUCAAAGUCACAGCUGAAAGUGCUUCUCUGAAAGGUGCUUCUGGGUUCUUGUCACUGGAUUUAAGUGAGAGAGUUAUUAGGGAAAAAGUAGGAAGUGGGUUGGUAAUAAUCUCCAUGCUUUUGCAAUUGGCAGCAUCAAAAUCUUCAUUAGCAAAAGCUCUCCUACAACAAAGUUAUUAUCCAACAUAUGUUAAAUAUGGAAUGGCAGUUUUGGUGGGAUUCAGUUUUGGACUUCCUUUUGUCUUCUUUGUGGUCCAAAAAGGUGAAAUGAAGUUGUGAUAAAACAGACAGAAACAAUGCAUCAAAGCGUGAAACUACAUGGAAUCUCUGCUGAUGAUUUUGUCUGGUUUUUGUUUGUUCAAGAAAGUAGUUAAUGCCAUAUUUUUGCCUGUUUUUCGUAGCAGAAGCCAUAACCGUGGCGAAGUCUAACAUGUAACCGAAUGUAUAAGAUAUAGUUCAAAUAAUUUUUUACAUCGUUGGCAUUAAUGUUUUAAGGAUUUGUUUGAGAUUGCUUCUUAAAGGCUUUCUAACGUCAAAUCAUAUUUGACAACAUUUGGCAAAAUAUUAAGCGCUUAGGCCAUCUCCAACCAAAUGGUCUAGAGGGCCAGAGGGCUGAAAAUAACCCGAAAACCAUUUCCAACGGAGGGCUAGGCCAAAGGGCUCGUGGACCCC